UGCGGGGAAGAUCGCGACCCUGCCUCCCCAAGGCGUCUAACCGCCGCUUCCCUGUGUUCUUCCGCCAGAGAAAAUAGUCCCGACCCCAUCACUCCCAGCCCCUCGGAAGGAGGAGGGGCCGCCCGCGGUGACAGCCAUGCGGGGCCGCGGCUGUAGGGCCGGCACCCACCGGCGGCCGUCCCGGGCAGAGGCGCGGCGAGGCGAGAGGGGCGGGGAGGAGGCACGGCCGGAUCCCUCCGCGGCCGGCGUCCCUCGCUGCCAUGGCAACCCGACCCGGGCGCCCUCUCCCGGGAUCCGUUCGUGGAGCGUAGGGCUUCCCACCAAUCAGAAAGGGAGCGCCUGGUUGGAUGAGCCAAUCAGAAGCGAGGACAGCCGGCCUCCAGCGCAGGUGAAGGGCGCCGCCGCCAGCUCCGAGCUGGAAAGGAAGGGCCGAGCCGAGCCGCGCCUGGCCGAGCCGCGCCUGGCCGAGCCGCGCCUGGCCGAGCCGAGCCGCGCCGAGCCGAGCCGCGCCUGGCCGAGCCGAGCCGCGCCACGCUGAGCCGAGCCGCGCCACGCCGAGCCGAGCCGAGCCGAGCCGCGCCACGCUGAGCCGAGCCGCGCCACGCCGAGCCGUGCCACGCCGAGCCGAGCCGCGCCUGGCCGAGCCGCGCCUGGCCGAGCCGCGCCUGGCCGAGCCGAGCCGCGCCGAGCCGAGCCGAGCCGAGCCGCGCCACGCUGAGCCGAGCCGCGCCACGCCGAGCCGUGCCACGCCGAGCCGAGCCGCGCCUGGCCGAGCCGCGCCUGGCCGAGCCGAGCCGGGCCGAGCCGCGCCGAGCCGAGCCGAGCCGCGCCACGCUGAGCCGAGCCGCGCCACGCUGAGCCGAGCCACCCUUGAGAAGGAAAAUGGACCAACUGCAGGCUUUGCUGAAUGACAGUCUUAUCAGAACAAAGCAUGUGGAAAACGCAGCUAUCAUCGACAUAAAGGAAAGAAAAGUCUGUGCAUCAACCUUUGGCUUUAAUGUGCCACCAGAGAAUGCUUUAAACCUUAUCUACACUUUCCGCAAGAACUUAUUGCAAGUUAGAAGGGGAGGACUCUACUUCAAGGAGAAGCACUAUAAAUGCAUCCGCGCAGAUGAGCAUUCCAUCUAUCUUCAAAAUCCAGACGGAGGCCUGAUAGUUGUGAAGACAAAGACGUUCAUCCUGGUUGCUACUUACAGAGUGGGCAUGUAUCCCAGCGUGUGCGUGGAAGCUGCGGAGAAACUAGCAGACUACUUCAGAGAGAAAGGUAGAUGAAUCAGCAGAAAACUUGAACUUCAUCAUCCUCAGAAGGACUGCUUAUGAGGAAAUAAAGUAUAGAAGCUUGAAGCAUUAUCUAAUUUAAGCAAGAAAUUGCUGCUUUACAUCACUCCGACUACUGAGUUUCCUUCUGUAUUUUCGAGAACACUUGAGGGCUUGCUGCUUCUAAGAGGGCUACCCUAUGUGUCUAUCAUCUAAGUUUCUUAACUGAAUUGAAAGCAAUGUCUUCAAGAUUUGGUUUAAGAUGCUCUGCUUAACCUUUCUAAUGUUGUCCUUUAGCCUGUUUCCUGAUAAGAAAAUGGCUAAUCUCACCAAGCAAGUUCUCUGACAGCAUUACAGCUUUGCAUAGCAUCACAGACCCAAGGGA